AUAUUGGAUGACAUGACAUGAGAGCUGAAAUUAAAGAUGAGGGAGAUCUUAUCUUGGCAUAUAGAAUUAUUUAAUUUGCGUGAAUUCUAGUGUAAAGGAAACAUUUAUUUAAAGCCAUGUGCUUACAUACACUUUCCUCAUAUCAUAAUAUCCCUUGUUUCUUUCUUUUCUUUUUUAUAUUAUAUUCUUAGUUAAUUGUUUCUCAUGGUGCUUGCUGGUAAAAUUAGUACUGAAGUUGGGGUCAGAGCUUCCGCUGACAAGUUCUUCCAUCUAUUCUCAAAAAAACUUCACGAUGUGCAAAACCAUUGUGAAAGAGUUCAUGAAACCAUAUUGCAUGAAGGUGAUGAUUGGCAUGUGUCUGAUUCUGUUAAACAAUGGACUUAUGUCAUAGAUGGCAAGGUACACACAUGUAAAGAGAGUGUUGAAGAAAUUGAUGAAGAGAACAAAAAACUCACUUUCAAGCUCUUUGGUGGAGAUAUUGAUGAGCACUAUAAGAUCUUUAAACUCAUCAUUGAAGUUAUAGAUAAGGCUGAUGGUAGUGCUUCCGUUAAAUGGACUAUAGAAUAUGAGAAGAUCCAUGAGGAUUAUGAUCCUCCAAAUGGAUACAUGGACUACUUUGCCAAAUGCACUAAAGAUAUGGAUGCUCAUCUUGUCAAUGCAUAACUCCAAAAGUGAUAUAGAAGAUAAAAUAAAAUAAAAUAAAGUGUAAUAAAAAAUAAUGGCUUAAUGGGGUUGCCUUAAUUUGUGUAAUAUAUAAGUUUUCAUAUUUACAAUUACUGUGAUGUUUGAAAAGGUAUGUUGCAUAUAUGCAUAUUCACCUAUGUUGAUCCUUUGUUAAUUUGUAUGGAAUAAUUGUGUCUAUUGAGGAGUUUGUCUUAAAUUAUGCAAUGAAAAUACAUAGUUAUUUGGGCUCUA